UCCCUCGAAGGCCAAGGUCAAACGCACCCAUGGCGCUCCUCCUCUCCCCGCCGAUCGUAUCCUUCGUCUCCCCGUCUGCUCCUCGCUCCCGACCUAUCUCCGCUGUCGCCAACGUCUCAUUCUCUGCCUCAAGGCUGCAAUGCAAGAACCUGUCAUCCCUACAGAGCCCUCUGAACGUGACUGCUACUUGCGCUUCUUUCGCCGAGAAGAGGUCGGCUCCUGUCCAUGCCACGGCUGAGGGGUCUGAGGCUGGUGCGGCGGAGCAGCCAGAAGAACCGAAACCUGCGACCAAGAUCGAGGAAAUGCCGCUCGAGUCGAAGCAGAAGAUGAUCAUGGAGCAGAGGGCGCGGAUGAAGCUUGCCAAGAAACUGAGACAGCGGCGCAAGCGGCUCGUCCGCAAGAGGAAGCUUAGGAAGAAGGGCAGGUGGCCACCGUCCAAGAUGAAGAAGCUCAAGAAUGUAUGAACGGCACCGCCACCCUGCCUUGGCUUUGUGUCGUGUGGUGCCCCGUUUACCAAUUUCGCUGUUCAGAACCUGAGACACGAUGCCUACGAAAUAUAAUUCUGUUUCCAUGUAAUCGAAUCUUCUUACAGUCUAGUGUACUCAAAUGUGUCUGAAAUUUCUCUCCAGAUGUGCUUUA